AGUCAGCAAAGAAGGCGUUACUAGCAGACAGGAAGUUGCUACUACUACCUAGCUAGCAGAUCACUACGACUCUUUGCUUCGUCAAUUUUACUCUUUGGUUGCUCAGAUACAUACAUUAUGAAUUAAAUAUAUAGAGAGGGAUUUUACUAAUGUUGCUAAGCCAAGAGCAUUUCAUUUUUUCACUCACUCUUUAACGCUCAGCCAGCUAGCUCACUCGAGUUGUCUUGGUAGCUUGCUGCUAGCUAUUAUUAUUAUCAGCUGGCUUGGUUCAGAGUGAGGCAGCCACAAUAAUGAUGAGUCCUACCCAAUGGGACCUGCCGCCAGAGCUCUGUUGCCGGCCCAUGGCCUUUGUGGCCCUGACUGGGCUGGAUGUAACUUACAAUGCCAUACACAGAGCCAUCUGGGAUGCCUUCUGUGCCAACAGGAGGGCUGACAGGGUGCCCAUCUCAUUCAAGGUCCUCCCAGGAGACCACGAAUACCCUAAAUGUAGGACCAAGAGAACUUCCUAUGAGUGGUACAUCCCCAAAGGCAUUUUGAAGACUGGGUGGAUGAACAAGCACCUGAACCUGGUGCCUGCCUUAGUGGUGCUGUUCUAUGAGCUGGACUGGGAUGACCCUGUCUGGAAGGAGAAGCAGUCGGAAUGUGCCACUAAAGUAGAGAUAGUCAGAACAAGUCUACAAGGAAGAAACACCAAGGUUGCAGUUGUGCUAAUUCAGAAGAAAACACCUCUUCCUCCAGGUGAGGACCUAGUGGCUUCAGAGAGGGCUGCGUCCCUGUGUAAUGCCUGUGAUCUGUCUGGGAAGUCACUCUUCGUCCUCCCUCACACCGACCACCUGGUGGGAUACAUCAUCAGACUGGAGAAUGCAUUCUACGAGCAUGCCCAGACCUACUACUACACUGAGAUUAGGCGGGUCAAAUCCCACAAAGAGUUUCUCAACAAAACGACUCACCAAUUGCUGUUCGUGAGGCACCAAUUUAAGAUUGCAUUCUUCAGUGAGCUCAAGCAGGACACACAGAAUGCCCUGAAGUACUACAGGACCGCCUACAGCCUUGUACAUGAGCUAAGAACCCAUGAGACAAACAUGCUGGAGAUAAAGACCAUGGCUGGAUUCACUAACUACAAGAUAUGUCGUCUAUGCUUCCAACACAACACUCCUUUGGACGCCAUCGCUCAGUUCAGGAAGCAUAUUGAUCUGUGCAAGAAGAAGAUCGGCAGCGCAGAGUUGGCUUUCGAGCACACAGCUUGGAUGUCAAAGCAGUUCCAGUCUUUUGGUGACCUUUUUGAUGAGGCAAUCAAGCUGGGUCUUACGGCCAUCCAGACUCAGAACCCAGGCUUCUACUAUCAGCAGGCAGCCUACUAUGCCCAGGAACGCAAGCAGCAAGCGGCUCACAUGUGUGCCCAUGAGCCCGUUGGGAGUUACCCCACCCCAGACCCCCUGGAGACACUGAGCGGGGCACUGGACUUCUAUGGGCAGAGAGCCUGGAGGCAGGGCCACCAGAGUAUUGAUCCCCCAGAUGCCGAGAAAGAGAAAGUUGGCAUCCAGGCGCUGCAAGUGAAAGAGAAGGAUGUCCCUCACUCGGAGCUGAUCAUUGCUCUGCUCAGCAACGCUGUCGCUCAGUUCAAGAAAUACAAGUGUCCCCGGAUGAAGAGCCACCUGAUGGUGCAAAUGGGAGAGGAGUACUACCAUGCAAAGGACUACACCAAAGCACUGAAGCUGCUAGACUACGUGAUGUGUGACUACCGUACAGAACGCUGGUGGAGCCUCCUGACCUCCAUCCUAGGCACGGCACUACGAUGCUCUUACCUGAUGGCCCAUGUCAAGGACUACAUCACCUACUCCAUGGAGCUCAUUGGACGAGCGUCUACGCUCUGGGAGGAUCAGAAAUCCAGGAUCGAGAAGAACCUCAUAAAGGUCCUGAUGAACGAGGUCCCCGAGGCCGAGCCCGACUGUGACCCGGCUUCAGCCAAGGCAGCUCAGGCCCUGUGGAGUGACCGCGUGUCCCUGGCUGGCAGCAACCGGUUCACUAUCGAGGUGCAGGACUACGUGCCUUUCGUGCAGUGCAAGGCCAGGUUCCUGUCGCCUAGUUUCCACCUGGACGACCCGGUGCAGCUGCAUCUCUACCUGAAAGCUGACUGCCCCCACCCUGUCCGCUUCUCUAAGCUUUGCGUCAGCCUCAGUAACCAGGAGUAUAACCAAUUCUGUGUGGUGGAGGAGUCGUGUAAGUCUCAGGAUAUCCUGGAGCCCUUGAGUCAGGAAAACAUGUGUCUGGUCCCUGGAAAGACUCGCAAAUACAGCUUCAAGUUUGUGGCUAAAACUGAGGAUGUGGGCAAGAAGAUAGAGAUCACGGCGGUGGACCUGAUGCUGGGCACAGAUAAUGGCCGGUGUGUCCUCCUCAACUGGCGAGGAGGCGGAGGAGAUGCGGCCUCCUCCCACGAGGCCAUUCAAGCAGCCCGGUCGUUUAGGAGCAGGGGGCGUGUCCCAGAGCAGCACGCCCAGUGGGAUACGGUGUCCAUCCAAGCCAGCACCAUGAUAAUCUCUCGCGUUCCUAAGAUCUCUGUUCAGCUGAGUCACAAGCCACCUGCUCUGAGCAACGAGAUGUACUGCAUCUGUGUCUCCAUCCAGUCUAACGAGAAGACAGUGGCCAAGGAUGUCAAACUCACUGCCGGACUCAAACCAGGCCAGGAUGCAAACCUCACUCAGUCCACCCAAGUGACCCUGAACGGUUUGGAGGUCUGUGACGAGUCCCAUCCUGCACUGCUUCCAGACAUUGCCAUUGGAGACCUCCAGCCGGGAGAAAAGGUUGAGAAGUCUCUGUAUGUCUGUUGUGUUACCACCGGACCCAGAAUCUUCCUGUUCCACGUAGCCUAUACCAUGACUACCCAGGCAGAAGGGACAGACAUCACCUGCAAGUGUCACAAGGAUGAAACGGUAACCAUAGAAACCGUUGUUCCAUUUGACGUCGCUAUGAAGUUUGUAUCCACAAAGUUUGAGCACCUGGAGAGGGUGUACGUGGACGUGCCCUUCCUGCUGAUGACGGACAUCCUGAGCGCGUCCCCCUGGCCUCUGCACCUGGUCAGCAGUCAGCUGCUUUUAGCCCCCACCAUGGUUGCCUUGGACGAGCCCCAGUCCCAGGUGGAACACGUGGUGCUGCAGACGGGCGAGUGCGCCAGCGAGUGUUUUAGCCUCCAAUGUCCCCCAGUGCUCAAUGGGACGAGCAGCGUUGCGUCGGGACAGUACCUCAUCUCCUGGAAGAGGAAGUCGUCGUGCGCGGAUGCUCCUGUUGUGACCACGGUUGUCACCCUCUCCCAUGUGAUGGUGGAGACCAUCCCUUUAUAUGUACAUGCAGAGCUACCGUCGUUUGGACGUGUGCGGGAAUCUCUGCCAGUGAGGUACCACAUCCAGAACCGCACAGGUCUGGUCCAGGACGUGGAGAUGUCUGUGGAACCCAGCGAUGCCUUCAUGUUCUCAGGCCUCAAGCAGGUGCGUCUGAGGAUUCUCCCUGGGGCAGAGCAUGAGAUGCUCUAUAACUUCUACCCUCUGAUGGCAGGAUACCAAAAUCUUCCCCUGCUCAACAUCAGCCUACUGCGCUUCCCCACCGUGUCUGGGCAGCUGCUUCGACGCUUCCUCCCCUCGCGCAUCUUUGUCAAGCCCCAGGGCAGACAAGCAGAAGAUGCCUCCAUUGCAGCUGCUUGAGAACCGUAUCAACCCCCCCCCCCCCCGACUGUGUACCAGUGUAACUGAAAACGUUCCAGUACCACCAACGCAUUACAUUUCUGACCUUCUGCAUGCUUUUAAAAAGAUUCCAUGUUAAUUAACUACAAUGGUUUAACAAUAUCGUUUUGGUUGACGUGUAUGUGGUUGUUUGCUGACCUAAAACCAAGUGCUGUUUUCAUGUCUUCUACCUAAUUGUGCGCAGUAAACAGUCCACGAAAUGUGCUUGGUCAAUAGUAGGGUUUGUCGUUUAUCUCAAAACUUCAACAUUUGUUACAGAGCUGCAGUCCAUUGAUAGCACUCCCAGCUCCAUGCACAUAAACAUGUGUUCCCUUAUGACUAUGGCUCCCCUUCACCCGUCUCCCACUGUUUCUGCUUUGUCUGCAAUAAAGAAUGAAAACAUAUGGGAGCAGAGGAACUGUUGAAAAAGUUGUUGUUGUGGCUACAUUUUAAUGUCACUGUUAGGUUAUUCAACGAGCCAAGUCGAUUGAAAACCAAUUGUCCUAGCCAAAGGCAUAGCCUAUUUGUGCAAAAGGACAGGACAACAAGACCCCGAACCACACAAAUGAUAUAAAAAAAAUAUGCAAGGGAUUAACAGAAAAUACCAUGGAAUAAUGGACAACGCAAAUUUUCCAAAGUUAUGUACAGAACGGAGGAGUUUAUUCCCACUUAUAUCACUGUAUAGCCUACAAACAACGACAUAAGCAUAUGCAUUUACUAGAGGGAAGUUACUUGUUACCCAUGUGAGAGUUUGUCUUUAAUCACUACACCAUGGUUAACGACAUUUUGUCACGCAUUAAUAUCACGGCAAGUAUGAAAAUUUGGCGUGAUGUUAAACGCUAGACACCAUUAAGCAUUGUGUUAAACUGACUAACCUUUCAAUAUAGGUGACAAUAACUGAUUUUCCAAGCUCAGUCAUGUUUAUUUAGCAUGGGAAGAUGGGGGGAGGCAGGAGCUAUUAAGGCACCUGGACUGCAAAACAGUAAGUCAGAUUUGAGUUGGAUUGACAAUGUCCCCAUUGUUUGAUAGCUGGGGUCCACUGCUGCAGACAGUGCUGUGAAAAAAGGAAAGUAGCAAGCUAGCUAACAUCAGCAUCAGAGAAUUCUACAGAGAAUGUGUGAAUUAGUAUGUUCUACAACUUCAGUGUAGAUUAGUCAGGAUAUCAAGCAUAUUAUGUCGCUAAAUAACAGUCCAAAUAAAAGACAUACGUCAUAAAACAG